AUGCCAAAGGAAAUGCGUUCUCAUGGUGUACCAGAACCAAGACUACAGCUGUUAUCAAGCGUGAGUGGAGUCUUCUCUCCUGGUGUUCUUACAGAUUUAGUUGGAUCGAGCGGUGCAGGCAAAACUAUAUUGAUGGAUGUUCUUGCGGGUCGAAAGACUGGUGGAUAUACCAAGGGAGAUAUCUGA